UUCAAAUUUUACGACAAGGACUUGGUGUUGUACUAUAUAAACUCGUUUUGUCUUGGGUUAUUGUCGCACCCAUUUUCACUAGAGUUUCUUAUCCCUUCUUCCAAGUUUCUAAGCUUCUUUGUCCUGUGUUUCUUCUUGCUUAUUUGAAAUAGAGAAAAUGGCCAUCCAAGCUGAACAACCUGUCCAUGGGUCCCAAGUUGAGGAGAAGAAGAAUGUGCACCCCGAAGAAACCAGUGAGCUUGUGUCGGCUAAGGACAGAACGUUUAAGGCCCCAGAAAGCAAUGCAUUUGGCCAAUCCUUCAGGGAUUAUGAUAUUGAAAGUGAAAGACAAAAAGGUGUGGAAGAAUUCUAUAAAUUACAACACAUUAAUCAGACAUAUGGUUUUGUAAAGAAAAUGAGGGAGCACUAUAAGAAAUUGGACAAAGCAGAAAUGAGCAUAUGGGAAUGUUGUGAGCUGCUUAAUGAAGUAGUGGAUGAUAGUGAUCCUGAUUUGGAUGAACCUCAAAUUCAACAUUUGUUGCAAACUGCAGAAGCCAUUAAAAAAGAUUAUCCUAAUGAAGAUUGGUUACAUUUGAUUGCUCUCAUCCAUGAUCUCGGAAAGAUUCUUCACCUUCCUCAAUUCGGUGAGCUACCUCAAUGGGCUGUUGUUGGAGAUACAUUUCCUGUCGGUUGUGCCUUUGAUGAAAAAAAUGUUCACCACAAGUAUUUUAAAGAAAACCCAGAUAGCAAAAAUCCUGCUUAUAACACUAAAGAAGGAGUUUAUAGUAAAGGGUGUGGAUUAGACAAUGUACUCAUGUCAUGGGGACAUGAUGACUAUAUGUAUAUGGUAGCAAAAGAAAAUGGUACCACUUUACCUUCACCUGGGUUAUUCAUUAUUAGAUAUCACUCAUUUUAUCCUUUGCAUAAGGAGGGAGCAUAUACUCAUCUCAUGAGUGAAGAAGAUUUCGAGAACUUGAAGUGGCUUCACAUUUUCAAUAAAUAUGAUCUCUAUAGCAAAAGCAAAGUUUUGGUGGACGUUGAAAAAGUGAAGCCAUACUAUCAAUCACUUAUUGACAAGUAUUUCCCAGCAAAGCUGAAGUGGUGAAGAGAAUCAAUAUAAGCUAAUGGAUCUACCUCAUGGGCCUGGAGGGAAUUGAUUAAUUUUCCUUGAGAGCAAGUUAAAAACUGGUUGAGACAUAUAUAUCAGCCUAUUAUUAUCUAUAUUGUAAAUCACAAACAGUUUGCUUCAUAUGAGGCUUUUGAGUGAUAUAUAUACUCAAUAAUAUGAUGUAAACUAUUAAAAUGAAUGAAUGAUGGA